CAUGACGUCACCAGUAUCCGAAGCACUUCAUGUCUCGGAGAACGACCAACGACUCUCAUUCAUUCAACGCUAAAUCGCAAAGAGAACGUGAAAAUCAUCAUAGUCAUUUCCAAACUCGGUCAGAAUAUAAUGGCUGCCACUAUAAUCACAUUGAUCAAUGCCUUCCAGGCAUCCUUCGCAGCUUACAAUCUCUACCUCGCCUCCAUCUCAAUCAGUAACCUCCGAAGGUAUGAAGAGAAGAGCAAGAAAGCCGCAAAGUACUCCAACGUUGCCGAGCACCAGCUGCACAAAACAAGAACAACGCAAGCUAGCAGGACGAUAGCCGUAAGUCUAACCUAAUAUCAAAGCCAAUCUUCCCUGCAAUACAACAACCAACACUAACGGUUUGCGAUACAACAGGUAUUCGUAUCCUUCGCAAGUUCCGCAUAUCUCUUCCUCUCCUCUCGAUUCAAAUUCACCGCAUCGCACUAUGUGAGCGCAUUCAUCGCUGCGCUGAAUAUAGCCGUCUUAGUUGCAGCGCGAACCCAUGUUGGGCGCUUCUGGAAGGGAAAGGCAAAGGUGCCGCUGCCGGGUGUCGGAUAUUAUAAUGAAGCAAUUACAAUCACGCAGACUGUUCGGUUGAAUAUGUUGUACUUGAUCGUGGGUUGGGUUGUUGGUGGAGGUUUGGGUUGGAUUUUGUAGGCUCUGCGGCGGCCACUCUCGCACAAUUCAUUUUCGGCCAUGUGAAAUCGUAUGUAUGGAAUCUCGAGGUGGAGAAAGGAGGCAAAGGAGGAAAAGUUAUACUGUGAGAGGAGAGAGGCGGUCCAUGUCUUUCUUCUAUAUCGUUCUGGUAUCGGUGUGGUUGCACGCGGAAGACGAGGUGACAAAGCAGGAGCAACCUCCUGUAUGUAGAAUUGGCCGAGUCUGAUUGCGAAGGUCGAGGGAAAGUGCUAUCUCGUCUCUAUCCUGAUAUGGGAGACUUUUAAGUUGGAUAAGGGCCGGGUGAAGGAAAGGCUAAGUCAAAAACUCCUAUUCAGUCAAAGAAAAGGCAAAACUGGAGGUGGCCUCAAUGGCCCUCACCUUUGUGAGUUCGUGGUCGAGGUGAGGCACAACAAUAUGGGAACGAUCACCAGAACGUUUGGAGUUAACGCUCACUUCACCUUGUUUUGCUGUUUCUCCGGACCGGGGACAAUUACAUAGACAGGUAGCUAGCUAUACUCCAACACCAGCGUUGACAUUACUGCAGCAAGAAUAGGAAUGGAGAUUUGUU